AUGAAUCUUCACCAAGUCCUUACUGGGUCUGUCAACCCAGGGGAUAAUUGUUUUUCUGUAGGGAGCAUAAACAAUCAACCAUUCACGGUAAGAUAUUUCAAGGAACAGUCGUCAUUCUUCCUACAGUUUAAGCAUGGCAUAAGUAAUGAAGAACACUUAUUGCUUUGGUUAAGAGUGCUCUGUGCUAGUCCAGCAGUAUCACUGACGUUGGGCACUGCUCGGAGAAGAGAAUCUGAUACUAUACCAAAAGUAUUUCACUGAGAGGAUCAAUAUCGGACUAUUUUUGUUUCUUUGUCCUCUACUGUGUGCCAACGGGUACAUUGUACUGCUUAUGUGUGAUGGUCUGCGUUUUGUCAGUAUGUGUAUUCAUUGAAUUAGUAUGUAUUAGUAUAUAAGUGUAGGUAACAACACAUCUGCCACGCUGAUCCUCAACACAGGGGCCCCUCAGGGGUGCGUGCUCAGUCCCCUCCUGUACUCCCUGUUCACCCAUGACUGCAUGGCCAGGCAUGACUCCAACACCAUCAUUAAGUUUGCCAACGACACAACAGUGUCGACAACGAUGAGACAGCCUAUAGGGAGGAGGUCAGAGACCUGGCUGUGUGGUGCCAGGAUAACAACCUCUCCCUCAACGUGACCAAGACAAAGGAGAUGAUUGUGGACUACAGGAAAAAAAAGAGGACUGAGCACGCCCCCAUUCUCAUCGACAGGGCUGUAGUGGAACAGGUUGAGAGCUUCAAGUUCCUUGGUGUCCACAUCACCAACAAACUAUCAUGGUCCAAACACACCAACACAGUCGUGAAGAGGGCACGACAAAGCCUAUUCCCCCUCAGGUACUGAAAAGAUUUGGCAUGGGUCCUCAGAUCCUCGAAAAGUUAUACAGCUGCACCAUCGAGCGCAUCCUGACUGGUUGCAUCACCGCCUGGUAUGGCAACUGCUCGGCCUCCGACCGCAAGGCACUACAGAGGGUAGUGCGUACGGCCCAGUACAUCACUGGGGCCAAGCUUCCUGCCAUCCAGGACCUCUAUAACAGGCGGUGUAAGAGGAAGGCCCUCAAAAUUGUCAAAGACUCCAGCCACCCUAGUCAUAGACUGUUCUCUCUGCUACCACAUGGCAAGCGGUACCGGAGCGCCAAGUCUAGGUCCAAGAUGCUUCUCAACAGCUUCUACCCCCAAGCCAUAAGACUCCUGAACAGCUAAUCAUGGCUAGCCGGACUAUUUGCACCCCCACCCCAUCUUUUUAUUUAACCAGGUAAGCCAGUUGAGAACAAGUUCUCAUUUACAACUGCGACCUGGCCAAGAUAAAGCAAAGCAGUGUGAUAAAAACAACAACACAUAGUUACAUAUGGGGUAAACAAAACAUAAAGUAAAAAAUACAACAGAAAAUAUAUAUACAGUGUGUGCGAAUGUAGUAAAGCUAUGGAGGUAAGGCAAUAAAUAGGCCAUAGUGCAAAAUAGUUACAAUUUCAUAUUAACACAGGAAUGAUAGAUGUGCAAAAGUUGAUGUGCAAAUAGAGAUACUGGGGUGCAAAUUAGCAAAAUAAAUAACAAUAUGGGGAUGAGGUAGUUGGGUGGGCUAAUUUCAGAAUGGCUGUGUACAGGUGCAGUGAUCUCAACUAGCCGGUGCCCCCGCACAUUGACUCUGCACCGGUACCGCCCUGUAUAUAGCCUCCCAACUGUUAUUUUAUUUUACUUCUGCUCUUUUUUUCUCAACACUUUUUUGUUGUUGUUGUUUUAUUUAACUUUUUUAUCAAGAAAUAAAUGCAUUGUUGGUUAAGGGCUGUAAGUAAGCAUUUCACGGUAAUGUCUGUUGUAUUCGGCACAUGUGGCAAAUAAAAUUUGAUUUGAUUUAUUCUAUAGGUAUCAUACUGUAUGUUCGUCGGUGUCAAACAAUGCAAAGUCAUACUACAAGUUAAACUCACAUUGAAUUAUCCUGAGUGACAUUCCUCCCCCACCUCACCCUCUCAUGUGAUAGGCAUAUGCCUCUGGCUGUGACAUUGUGAUUUUGGGCAGUGACUUUGAGAGGCUACAAAUCAUCCCAGGGGCAAAGCAUGGGAACAUCCAGGUGGGCUGUGUGGACUGCUCGCUACAGGGAGGCUAGGUAAGAGACAUGGUUGCCUGUUGUUGCUCCCAUAUAUUUUGUUCGGUCAAGCACAGCUUUAACUGCAACUUACUGUGAAACUAACCUACACCACAAGCAUAGCGCAAGCAUUCCAUAAGCGUUGUUUAAGGCAUGCUACACCAGAAGCAGCAAACGGGCAGCAUCAACAGCGCGAGAGCGCUUUACUCAUGUGGUGCCAGGUGUAACACUUUAAUAAUGUUUACAUAUCUUGCACUACUCAUCUCAUAUGUAUAUACUGCAUUGUAUUCUAUAAUAUUCUUCUGUAUCUUAGUCCGCUCUGUCAUUGCUUGUCCAUAUAUGUAUAUAUUCUUAAAUCCCAUUCCUUACUAGUUUUGUGUGUAUUGGGUAUAUGUUGUGAAAUUGAUAGAUAUUACUGCACUGUCGGAGCUAGAAGCACAAGCAUUUCGCUACACCCGCUAUAACAUCUGCUAAACACGAAUAUGUGACAAAUAAAAAUGUGAUUUGAUUUGAACAUGUCUCAUUGAUCAGUGGCCCUGUUUCACGGGCACGUGCUACGCUUACAUUAUGUGUCUGGUGUAGUUUAUCAGCAACUUAUGCUAAUGCUGUUUGGUAAAGCACCAGUAGAGUUUGCAUGCUACUAUGACCCUACUUGUGGAUCCAUCCAUGUCAUAUUGUUUACAUGGCGUUGCUUUCUAUCAAUAUUGACCCAUCUAGGCAACAGAUGUCAAAGUCAUUCUACGGAGGACUGAGUGUCUGUGGGUUUUUGCUCCUUCCUUGUACUUGAUUGAUGAAUUAAGGUCACUAAUUAGGAAGGCACUCCUCACAUCUGGUUGUCUAGGGCUUCAUUGAAAGGAAAAAACAAAAACCUGCAGACACUAGGCCCUCCAUGGAAUGAGUUUGACACCCCUGAUAGGCCUAUUUACUUUAGGCUAUAUUGUAACUAAGCUUAUAGCAAUAUUGACCAGAUAUUUGCUAGGCUAUAUUGUAGCUAAGCAGCAAAAUAUGUGCAUUAUGAAGCAAUUACAAACGCUGAAUGGUCCUCCAAAUUCCGGUACAUUUUAACGAGAUGGAACAAAGUAUAGCACAGUAACUCACAAAAAGCAGGCUUUUGUUUUUACUGUAAUGCCAUAUUGCCUGAAACUAGGGUUGGGCGGUAUCCAGAUUUUCCAUACCUUUCCUGUAGCAUACCGGGGUAGACGGUAUUACUGUUGGUGCACAUAAGGGCCGCUAUUUUAUUUGGUCCAGUGUAGAUUUCAAAUUAUGCUAAGUAAACAUAAAACAUUUAGCAUGUGGUAAAAUGCUUAAAGUAAAAUGACAUACCAUUUCUAAGGUCCCAAUACAUUUUUCGGAUCUUGGAUAUUUGUUCCUUGAGUAGGAUUUCAUUCUGUUCGGUUCCCUGAACAUGUGGCUAAUGACAAUCUGUGAGGAUGCCUUAACAACAAUUGGGCUAUCUUAUGUACUCAUUUCUUUGAUACAUAUUUCAGUACUAAUGUAUUUGAUUAUCUUCACUCUCCACAUUGGUCUGCAACUCACAUUUCUCUCAAAAGUCCCAAGUAUGUGCAUGGUACUUGUUAUAAUCAGAGUGAAACGGUGUUCACGUUGAUUAAAAUGUCCCCUCUCUUCGUUGUUGCUGACAGAUUGCAGCUUCCUAUGGAAGCAUAGUCUGUGUCUUUGAACCGGUUCAGCUCAUGAACCAGAAGGACCGGGCAUCAGCAGUAAGUGCUAAUUGUAUUGAUUCUAAAGAAGUAAUUGAUUCUUAAUGACUGCACUGCAUUAUUAGUUCGUAAUACUAUAUAUGCAAGGAAAUUAUACAUCUAUUGUUCCUAAUGAGUUGAAAUUGACAUUUGGAUUUGAUUGUUUGAAUGCUUGUGCACCUAUAGAAACGGAGCUACCAGUGGCAGAAGAGUGGACAGUUUGUUUUGCAGUCCAUAGCGCGCAACCUGGCCUGGGACCCCACAGGUAAAACAAUUUUUGCUAUGUUUAUUUUGUAUCUUUUCGAAUUAGAACGACCUGUGUUUUUCAAAUAUGUUUUUAUUUCAUUGUCUGUUUGUUUUUGUUGAUGCACACAGACAGUCAUCUCCUAACUGUGUCCACCAGCCUCCAGCUGUGGUCUAAUAUCAGCAAUGAUUUGGAUGAGGAAGGAGAACUUGCAGAAAUGACCAUUGGUGAUCCUCAGUGUCCCUGGAGGUGUAUCUGGCACUGCAAGUAGGAACUGCACUAUGAAAUAGUCCUAAUGUUGCCUGCUAUAAUUUUUUUAUUCCCAAAAACAUUUUCAAGGAUGACUGAUAUACAGUGGGGAAAAAAAGUAUUUAGUCAGCCACCAAUUGUGCAAGUUCUCCCACUUAAAAAGAUGAGAGAGGCCUGUAAUUUUCAUCAUAGGUACACGUCAACUAUGACAGACAAAAUGAGGGAAAUAAAUCCUGAAAAUCACAUUGUAGGAUUUUUUAUGAAUUUAUUUGCAAAUUAUGGUGGAAAAUAAGUAUUUGGUCAAUAACAAAAGUUUCUCAAUACUUUGUUAUAUACCCUUGGUUGGCAAUGACACAGGUCAAACGUUUUCUGUAAGUCUUCACAAGGUUUUCACACACUGUUGCUGGUAUUUUGGCCCAUUCCUCCAUGCAGAUCUCCUCUAGAGCAGUGAUGUUUUGGGGCUGUCGCUGGGCAACACAUACUUUCAACUCCAUCCAAAGAUUUUCUAUGGGGUUGAGAUCUGGAGACUGGCUAGGCCACUCCAGGACCUUGAAAUGCUUCUUACGAAGCCACUCCUUCGUUGCCCGGGCGGUGUGUUUGGGAUCAUUGUCAUGCUGAAAGACCCAGCCACGUUUCAUCUUCAAUGCCCUUGCUGAUGGAAGGAGGUUUUCACUCAAAAUCUCACGAUACAUGGCCCCAUUCAUUCUUUCCUUUACACGGAUCAGUCAUCCUGGUCCCUUUGCAGAAAAACAGCCCCAAAGCAUGAUGUUUCCACCCCCAUGCUUCACAGUAGGUAUGGUAUUCUUUGGAUGCAACUCAGCAUUCUUUGUCCUCCAAACACAAUGAGUUGAAUUUUUAUCAAAGAAAAUAUUUUUUGGUUUCAUCUGACCAUAUGACAUUCUCCCAAUCCUCUUCUGGAUCAUCCAAAUGCACUCUAGCAAACUUCAGACGGGCCUGGACAUGUACUGGCUUAAGCAGGGGGACACGUCUGGCACUUCAGGAUUUGAGUCCCUGGUGGCGUAGUGUGUUACUGAUGGUAGGCUUUGUUACUUUGGUCCCAGCUCUCUGCAGGUCAUUCACUAGGUCCUCCCGUGUGGUUCUGGGAUUUUUGCUCACCGUUCUUGUGAUCAUUUUGACCCCACGGGGUGAGAUCUUGCGUGGAGCCCCAGAUCGAGGGAGAUUAUCAGUGGUCUUGUAUGUCUUCCAUUUCCUAAUAAUUGCUCCCACAGUUGAUUUCUUCAAACCAAGCUGCUUACCUAUUGCAGAUUCAGUCUUCCCAGCCUGGUGCAGGUCUACAAUUUAGUUUCUGGUGUCCUUUGACAGCUCUUUGGUCUUGGCCAUAGUGGAGUUUGGAGUGUGACUGUUUGAGGUUGUGGACAGGUGUCUUUUAUACUGAUAACAAGUUCAAACAGGUGCCAUUAAUACAGGUAACGACUGGAGGACAGAGGAGCCUCUUAAAGAAGAAGUUACAGGUCUGUGAGAGCCAGAAAUCUUGCUUGUUUGUAGGUGACCAAAUACUUAUUUUCCACCAUAAUUUGCAAAUAAAUUCAUAAAAAAUCCUACAAUGUGAUUUUCAGGAUUUUUUUUCUCAAUUUGUCUGUCAUAGUUGAUGUGUACCUAUGAUGAAAAUUACAGGCCUCUCUCAUCUUUUUAAGUGGGAGAACUUGCACAAUUGGUGGCUGACUAAAUACUUUUUUUCACCAUUGUAUUGUUUUUUCCCCCUCAUCUUCUUUCAUAGAACCGCCUCCCCAAUUCAGUUCAUGGAGUUCUCUCCAGGUGGAGAAUUCUUUGCUACUACCAGACAGGUGGGUGGCGUUUGGUGUCAUAAAGAUGUUCAUUUUAAAGUAAAUUACAAAGAAACACACGACACACUAAGAAGUGCACACUCAAAUAGCCAUGAGCCUUUGUAGUAAAUGUGUACUAAAUCCCAGUGAUGCUGUGGUUUUCAGGACGCCUGUCUGGUCAAAGUGUGGUACAGCACCAGUAAAUGGCAGGCUGGCGUGACCAAGCUGUUUACCCUACCGGAGCACAGCUCUGGACUUCUCGUUUGUCUACCUGGCUCACCCACGCUCUGUAACAGGCUUUUUUAUAUAUAUAUAUUUUUAGUCAUUUAGCAGACACUCUUAACCCUAAUUGCUCCUGUAAGUCGCUCUGGAUAAGUGCCUUGCUCAAGGGCACAUUGACAGAUUUUUCACCUAGUCGGCUCGGGGAUUAGAACCAGCGACCUUUCAGUUACUGGCACAACUCUCUUAACCACUAAGCUACCUGCCGCCCCUGGAGGAAGACCAGCAAGUACAUGCCACGGUAAGGCCCAUCGUUAAAGGUUUUAGAAGCACUGAUAUUGUCCUUACCUGAUCUGACAAAGCUCUAUCCUCUGUGUUUCUCUUCCCUCCAGGGGUUCUGUGUGUAAUGUGCUACUGACCUGUGGUAAGGACAGUGUGUGUCGCCUGUGGGCCGAGACCCUGCUUCCCAGUGACACCCUGCUGUCCAUACACACGCUCAGUCAAGUUAAGAACGGCCAGAACAGCGACUCGUUCAAAUUGACAGGCGGCAGCAAGAAGACUCCCUCUCGUAUCAAAACGCAGGGCAGAAACCCCUUGGAGGUAGGAACAGUGUCUCCAGCGCCGCUUCAUAGUGCAUCAGGCUGGUGAGAAGAUGAGAGAGCAGCAGACUUAGAGCUAAAGGGCAGAAUUAAUUGGAAGAUUGUUUUCCAGGCUUUGCAGCCCUUGAGAACUUCAUUAAGACAAUUGGCCUUUUUUCUGUAUAGUACACCCUUGAAUUACUGUACCACUGCUCUUUUUGCUUAAUGUAUUUUGGCCUUUGUUGAAGUGCUCUAGUAACUAGUUGUAAAGAUCAGAUGCACUUUCCUCAUUACUUCUAGUGUACAAAACUUGAAGAUUGUCAUUCCAUGGUUAUGCGUCUCGCCAGAAACGAUUAAGCAAGAGACAAAUUACAUUGUGGGAAAAAUAGAUAUGCAAAUUUAAAUGUGAUGAAAGUCUGCUGACAUUUGCAGAAUUAUUCAUUAAAAACACUGACUGCGAUAUUAGAGCUACUAUUUUAGUUCCAGUCUGGCUUUCCAAAGCCAGAGAGAGGGAGCCCUACUUAGGAGCAAUUUUGUCUCUUUCCUCAGUCGAACCUGCAGGAGUCGUGGAGAGCCCCGUUGAGAGGUGUGGCCCAGCCCUCCCUGACCGGCCGUCUCCCGUACCAGCAGAGCACACACUACAACCACAAGACCAACAGCGUGCCCCAUGCCAACACUCUCUGCCACUUCCAUAUCGCUGCCAGCAUCAACCCUGCCACAGGUACUCGAGACACAAACCAACAGCCGCUGUCACCAUUAAUAAAGGAGUUCAGUAGCAUUGUUCAAGGAUGUUUGCAUUGCGUAACAGUUCAUUCUAGGAUAAAACUUCUCUUUAACAGCCUCUCACAAACUCUACUGUACUUCAUGAUUGCAUAAGAAUAAGAUUAGAUUUGGUCUUAUAAGCACAUCUGACGGAUCAGUCAUCAUUGCACAUAUUUAGGCCCUCAAAUGACUAAAAUGUAAGUGUUUCCUGGCAAUGUAACCUGAACAGGAAUAACACUGGGCCCUACACACACACAUUACUGUACAGAGUUAGUGAUGAUAUGGGUGUGUUGUCUGGUGCAGAUAUCCCUCUGCUGCCCUCGAUCACGUCGCUGUGUGGGGGGGAUGACGAGGAGCCUGGCGGGCCCUUCACCGUGCACUGGCUCAACAACAAGGAGCUGCACCUUACCCUGGCCAUGGAGGUGUUCCUGGAGUAGCACAACUCAAACUCCCAGGAGGGUAGGUAGAGAGCAGCGGUGUAUUCAUUAGUGCACACCGUAGCAAAAAGUUUUGCAAUGGAAACGUUUUAUAAUAGAAUUUAGCAUUUUAUUAUUGGAAAAGUUCAGGUUAGUCCCUCCCUGUUUUUGGCUGUUUGCUUCCGCUUGGUUCCUAGGGAAUACACCCAGCGCUCUAAAUUACUGCAUUUUCACACAUUACCAGAUUGCGCAACACGUCGUUCAAAAAGGCAUUAGGCAAUAUGAUAAACUUUUAAUCUUGAAAUUAAAGUGCAAUUUUCCAAAUGCCUCUUUUGAUAAAUUGUUUGACAAUGACAGAAAGUUAUCCAUAACUCUAUUCUUACUAAACUGUUUUAGAAUUCCAGAGCAGUUUGAUAAUUACCGAAACGAAAGCAAAAGACUGAUGAAUAAUCUAUCAUUUGAGAGCUUAUCACGUAUUUACCCUUUAGUGGUGUGGAUAUGAGGACUAGGGUGUGAGCUUUCUCCUGUGUGUAUGUCUGUCUCCCACAGCCUGACUAUGAGUAGGAGGCUGCUAGGCGAGCGGCAGAAUGAGGACCUGACGUGGCGUCCAUCCAGCUGCCCGCUGCAGCGGUGGAGCACCAGUUGGAGGUGCUACUGGAGGACUUGAACAGAGGGGCAGACACGCUGUUCAGUAUACACCCCAUGGACGGCUCUCUGCUGGUGUGGCACGUUGACUGGCUGGAUGAGUAUCACCCCGGCAUGUUCCGCCAGGUCCAGGUACGUUACCUUCAUCAGGGAAGCAACCUGAUUGACAUUUCUGUUUUACAUUUACAAUAG